UUUUGCUAAAGCGUCCGGUUGCCCAGCAACGAAGUUUCUCACAACCGGAUGCAGCUGCACGUGCUGUCACCCGCAAGCUAUGGCGAAUGAGAGCCCACUCCGUGUGGACCAUCGCCCCAGCGAGCUUCUGGAUGAGCCCCACUGUCUUUGGGCCUUGUGCCAACAUCUUUGUUGCUGGGAAACUGUGCAGCGAAUGGCUAGAGGCAACCUUCAAUAUGCCAACACCAGAACAUCCACAAAAACCCGAGUUUGCCGGAAAGAUGAGCUCCCGGCCUUGAACGUCGUUAAUGUGUCCGAGUGGUCUGAAUUGGACAUGGUCCCCAUGGGCAAAGUCUUACAGAAGAGAUUUAUCUCAGAAAAGGUCUCCAGCAAGAUCCAGCACCCCUGCACUAGGUUAGACAGCGCUGUUCUGCGGUCAGUCCCCUGCAGCUUGGCCAACGUCCAUUUCCCGAAGCUUGCCUCUUCGCCUCCUGCCAGGCACCCCGCCAGCAGCAAGGACAGCAGGACCGUAAAGCUGAGCCAGGCCUACAUCCAGCCCCUGGAGCCCUGCCCUGCCCCUGUAAUGAUCUGGGUCCCCAGCUCCCAGCACAUCACCCACAAGCCCCUGCAGUGGAGGCCAGCAUCUCCCCACGUGACAGUCAUGCAGAUCUCCUGCCGUUUGCCACCCCAGUUUGGUGACCCUUUGGACUGGAGGAAGUCAAAAAGCGGAGCCAAGAGAAUCCGUUUCCAGGCCUCUGGAAAGCCGGAGGCCAGAGUCGGCAGGAGCGCAGAUGGCGAGCCGGACGUGGCCGUGGCAGUGGAUGCACGGGGGGGCGACAUGCUUCUGGAGAACAUGCCAGAGGUCCUCCACAACGUGAGGCAGAGGAGGCAGCGCGGGGCUCCCUCACGAGACGUCCUAGCACCUGAUUACGUGCCAGACACCAAGGAGUCAUGGGAGUCAUUGACUGGCGGAAGGGCUGCACCUACCUCUGGGAGGGAGACUGCAUUCCUGGGGGAGGGAGCAGAAGCGCCCACUCCCAGGGGCCGCUGCCCAGGGGCCACUGCCCAGGGGCCACUGCCCAGGGGCCGCUGCCCAGGGGCCACGCCAGUGACAGUGGACCACAGUGUCCUGGUUCCCAUGGCAACCCCCUCGCUUGCCAGCUGCCUUGAUGGCUGCCAUGAUACUUGGCUGAACCGUAGCAGCUUGUGCCCAAACUCUGGACCCCGGGUGAGUCCCUCAGUGUGUCCACGACACUGUCUCCUGUGCCCCCCCCCCCCCAGGUAUAGUGUACCUGAUUGGCCACAGAGAAUCCUUCUGAUACGUCCAUUCCUACCACAUGGUUUAUUUCAUGUUGGUCUCUGUUUUCAUAGAUGGUCAGCGUGGAUGAUGACAUCGGUGAUGGAGAGAGGGGGUGCAGCAGGGACGACUUCUGUGUCUCCCCCGAGCUUUUAAGGAGGAGGGGAGAAUGGCCCUCCCCACACCAGUAUCAGGGACAGGUCUGCUGUAACAGACUGUACUCACGGUCUCAGCACUGAUUACGCGGUUGAGGGGAUCUGCCAUCAGGAAAUAUCUGCUGCUGUGGCCAAACCUGUAUCUCAUUUGUCUGAUGCUGGGGGCCUCAAAUGGCCGAUUCUUGUCUGCAUCCGAACUGACACUCAUGUCCUCCCAGUUGGCAAAAUUUACAGAGGGAGAUGGUGAACAAAAAUUCCUGAGGGGGGUUCCCCUCCCUCCCAAACAUGGCUUUGUGCACCCAAUAAAAUUUGGACCUCGGGGAAAAAUAAUUGAUUCCUCAUGUUCUAAAGGUUAGGGAACAAUGUAAUUUGCUGUUAGCUUGAAACAUCAAUUUGAAAAGCUCUGUGUACAUCCCUGUCAGACCACUAGGUGUCACCGUAGAGGUACAGUUGAUGUGCCUCCAUCUAUCUAUCUAUCUAUCUAUCUAUCUAUCUAUCUAUCUAUCUAUCUAUCUAUCUAUCUAUCUAUCUAUCUAUCUUCCAAUCACUAAUCCUGAUUGGGGUGGCAGGGGGGCCCGGAACGUAAGACAACAUAAGGCAUGACGGAGGGUACCCCCCAGGGGGGCCAGCCCAUGGCAGGGCACACACACUCACAUACUGUCAUACCCUGUGUAGAAAUGCCAAUUAAUCUGUAAUGAAACCAAGCGGAUUAGACUCAGUUAGUUAAGGCAGCAGAUAGAAUUUGCAAUUAAAUGACCAAAUCUAUGAUCUCGUUAUCAUUGUGUAAUUACUUUUCAAAUAAACUACGGACUGUACCUA